AGUGUCCCAUCUACCCCCACCCUACUAUAUAUCCAAUUUGUAUUUUAUAGUAUGACGUUAUUAUUACGUUUCAUGACGAAACAGAUUCAAUUGUUAAACUAAAAUUUAAAUAAUUGUUAUUUAUACAGCGGGGAACAAUAGUUAGGCUAGUGACGCAAUAAAGGUGAUUAUGAAAGUAAUUGUCGCCGGAUUCUCGAAAACUGGGACGAAGUCGAUGCGAGCAGCACUGACAGAGCUCGGGUUCACCGUCCACGAUUACCCCGAGCACUUUCAAUACAACGGGGAGUUGUGGCGUAAAGUGUUGAAUGAGGGCGCGGAGAAAGGGGAUUUCCACCGGAUGUAUGAUGACGUAGACGCCGUCGUCGACGCGCCCGCCUUUUAUUUUUGGCGGGAAAUCCAUGAAGAGUUUCCUGAAGCGAAGAUUAUCCUUACCGUUCGUGACAACGAAGACGUUUGGUUCAAUAGUUGGCAAAACCAGAUCACGCAAGUUAUGAAAAACAACUUUGUGUUCAAGCUUGCGUCUUCAAUAACACCAACGGGCUACAAGUUUAAUCAAUAUUCAAGUGAUGUAGGUCAAACAGUGUACGGGAUGCGACGAAGCUUCAUACCGUUGGUGUUCCAUAGAAGUUUCAAACUUAACCCAACGUUAUGUAAGAAGAGGUACAGGGAGCAUAAUGCUGAUGUCAUACAGAACGCACCAUCCGAUAAACUCUUGAAGUUCAAUGUAAAAGAUGGGUGGGGUCCGUUGUGUGGGUUCCUGGGGGUCCAGCAACCUGAAACCCCCUUCCCCCGGAAAAAUGUGGGGGGGACGAUAAUGGACGACUUCAUGACGUCACACCCGUUGUUUCUGCGGCUUGGACGCGAAACACUUGUGUCAACAUCUUUAUUGGGUGGGGUGGCGCUUAUGGGGGGCUGGCGGGCGAUGAGGUUCUUUAGGUCACGAUGGGGAUCGGGAAAGAAGUCGACCUCGUCAUAA